AUGGGACGCUCUGCUGCCAACAAACGACCACAAGGGCCAGCGGCGAACCAGCACAACUCGAGGCACGAGAAUGGCCUGGUAGGGCCAGGGAAGAGGAUACAGAAGCAGAGGAGCAAUGGGCACAUCAAUGGCGCGACGCAGCCAACAUCACAACCACCGCCAGUAUCGUCGCUCCCCGAAACCCCUCCUCUGCAUGGACAGACACGACCAGGGCACACACGGCCUCCCAAUGGUGCUUCCGACUCCAAGCUCGCCGCCUCUGUCGUCCGACGCGCUUCACUAAGUGGCUACUCCGAAUCCUCCUCCUCCGAGUCGUACCAGAACGCCGCAACAAUGUCCAUUCCGCAAGAGACCCAUCGCAGAAUUGACGUGAACGCCGCCAAGAACCCCGCUGUGCACCGAGACGCUGGUCCUGUGACCUUCUUAUUCACAGUCCUACGCUCAUGCCCGCUCUACGACACAAUCGCCAUCCUCAUCGUACUCCUCCAAGUUCCACCCGCGUUCCUCACUCUCAUCCACCUCCUCUUCGCCACGCUCACCUUUGUGCCUCCGUCCACAGGCGCACAUUCAAGCUUCACCUUUACCGACAUAUUUGAGGGGUCGUUGGGAACCCCGUCCGUCGCCACCCUCGUGGCUGUAGAUUUACUUGUCUUACUCGUUUGGCUAUUCCUGUGGAGCCCUCUACAGGAACUGUCCUUGGAUGUGGCGCAGACCGUUAUUGCGCUGACACUGGGUGGAGGCACGACAAGUAAAGAUGCAGGUUUCAACAACGUCCUCGUCUGUCUCGGAAUCAUUGGAGCAUCGCAUUUUGCUCGCAAUGGUUCUCUCAAGCAAUCACGUCUUAGCUUCCUCUUCAACUAUUCGCCCGAUGUCGAUGAUCCCCUCGAGAAUUCUUCGACAAAUAAUAAAGGUGCCUUCAUCUGGGUCCGAACGAUCCUAGCGGUCCACAUCCUAACCCAAGGAAUUGUUCGAUAUAUCCGGGAUUGGUAUGUGCGACGGGAGAGACGGGACCUCAUUGCAUCCGCAGCUGGGGACCCGGAGGCUGCGAACGGCUCCAUAUCACAAGGGGAACCUACCAACCAAGUGAGCACGGCCUCAACAGCUACCGCCUCUACCGAAACGAAUGGCUCGGCGAGCGCCGCAGACAAGUCACUGCAUCCGAAAAAGAAACGCAAGGUUGGCGCUCAGGUCCGCAUACAGCAGCCACUUUGGGCAGCUCUUGCUAGCACCAAGGUCGUCAUGGCCAAGGAGUACGAGACCUCUCGCACCGCAGCAGAGUCUGCUGGGGCGAAUGCCACUGAUAUUAACAACCUUGGGAACGCGCCGUUCGACAGUGAAGCCGACCGUAUCUGGAUAACGCACAUUGGUUCCGAUGAAGUCUGCUUCAACACCAGCUAUUUCCCAUCUCGGGCUGACCCAUCUACGCCAGAAGACACCAUAUACAGCUUCGGGGUUGAUCGGUCGAAGCCAUUUUUCGUCCGUGUGAAUAAGACGGAAUGGCAACCGACUCGAAUUAACCCCCUCGACACAAACAGUGAUCAAUGGAGCGGCGAGAUAUUUGGGCUGACUCCUAAUUCAAACUACGAAUGCGAAUUUGUCGGCACCCUUGACGAUGCGAUUAUCUUCUCGACCAAUGUUCGAACAAUGCCGGCUCCGGCCACAGAUGCGACACCUCUUCCUGCGCUGUCAACCACCGCACCACGGUCUGCACGACCCGACUCUCCCACUACGACACUGAAAACAUCCAUCCUCUCUGCAGAGGCCAAGCUUAAUGAGGAACGCCUUCGUCAGAAGCGUGAACGCAAGGAGCAGAAAAGCAAGAUGCACUCAACCCGAAAGGAGAUCGAUAAGCUUGGCAGCAACAUUGCGUCGUCUGGCGGCAAUGAUGACAGGUUGCGCCAGAAGGUGCAACAGAGCCAUCUUCAUGCGCGCCAGGCCGAGGAUGCAGUUGCUUCGUUGACUGACCAAUUGAGGGGCCUCGAAGAUGUUCCCGACGACGACUUCAGGGGGUGGAAGUGUUCCAAGGUCUCAUGGCAAUCAGAGAAAGACAUCCACAAAGCCUCGCGCAGCAAGUUCCACGAGGCCAAGGUCUCCUCAGAGCAUGAGCUUCACGCAUUAACCGCCGAGGUGACGGCCUUCCUUCAGAAGCGCGAGAGGAUGCAAAGCCGCAUCAGCAAGCUCAACGGAGAGUACGAGCGUAUCACCGAUGCCAACGCACGGGGUCUCGACGAAGCUCAACGCAAAUCAACCGAGCGCGGUGCGAAAGAGGCCGAGCGCGCCCGCACCGAGAUGAUGUACCUCGAGCGUCUAGAUCAGCUGGAGCCACAGAUCUUCGACAUGCAGCAGUCCCUAGCGACACUAUGGGCUAGCAUUCAUGCUCUCCAGAAUGCCGAGAUCCAGCAAGCCGUAUACCUGGCGUCUCAAAUCCCGCAGCCCUCGCCAACGACGAUGAACCCGUUCGAGAUUCCUGAUAACGUCGCAGCAUCCAAUUACCCCUGGAAUGCCCCGAAUGUUAACGUCGCUGACUACUCCGUUCCGAGCAUGGCGUAUACACCACCGCGGCCGCAUCGCGGCCGCAGCAGCAGCAUGCUGAGUGGCGUCAGUGGGUUUACGCAGAGCUCGAAUGAAGAUCCGGGGCCGGUCCUGCCAAUGCCUAGGCGUGGGAGGAAGAUCAGUGACGAUGGGAGCAGUGCCAGUGGGACAAGUGGGAGUGUCAGCGGUCCCAGAAGCCCGGUGGAGACGUCGCUCACCAUCCCUUCGAAUUGGUCUAACCCUCGGGAUGGAUCGUGA